AUGUCUUCAAAAUAUUGUAUAAAUGGGACAAUAGAUCCAUCAACAACAGAGGAAUUUGAAGGAGUUAUAGUAGAUAUGAAUAUUGGAGGAGUAUUACUAGGUAUUUUUUUAUUAGUUGGCUGUUGUUUUUCGAUUAUACCACAACACAUAAAAAUUGUAAAAACUAAAUCAGUAGUGGGAUUAAGUUUCCUUUGGAUGUUUUUAGGUAAUAUAAAUCAAUUUAGUGGUUUUAUAAAUAUGUUUGUUUUAAAAUUCCCGCAGGUUCAAGCAUGUAGUACAUUGGGAUUUGCAAGAUGUGGUCCUUCUUUAUUAUCAUUAUUUCAAUCAUUUGGUAUAUGGUUAUUCUCAUUUCCAAUUUAUAUAUUAUAUUUAAUUUUUGCACCAAAUGAUUUAAAAUUUAUAGAAAAGACAAGUUUAAAAGAUUUAUCAUCAGCAAGAAAAGAAUAUAGGUUAGCACAAUUGUUUUUUUUAAUGUUGGUGAUGUUUUUAUCAUCGAUAAUACUGGUAGUUGGAAUUUUAGUUAGUGAUAUUGUUGGAACAUGUACACAUACAACUUAUAUAUUUGGUUAUGGUAUGGGAAUGCUUUCAACGAUUAUAACGUUUGUACAAUGGUCACCACAAAUUUAUAAAACCAUUAGAGAUAAAGCAGUUGGUUCAUUUUCAAUCAUUAUGCUUUGUAUACAGGGUCCUGGUUCACUAAUUAAUUUAUAUUAUUUAAUUUUCGUUUCAAAAGAGAGCGUUUCAACUUGGUUAGCAUAUUUAUGUUCAUCAGUUCAAAUUUUCAUACUUUUGGGAUUAUUAAUAUUUUUCGAUCGUAGAAAUAAGAGAAUUGCAAGAGAACUAAAAGAAUCAUCAAUUGAAGAACAAGAUAUUCAUUCUGGUUCUCCAAAUCAAUCUGUUUUAAAUUAUAAAGAAACUCAUCCAUUGUUAUUUACACAAUCACCAUCAUUAAAAUCACAACAACAAAAUAAUAAUAAUAAUAAUAAUAAUAAUUCCUCAAAUCAAAAUCAAUCUAAAAAUCAUAGCAUUUUAAAUUCUUCUUUCAACUCUAGUUAUCAUGAAGAAAAUGACAGAGAGGAAUAUUCUGAUCAAAUUUAA